AAUCACACAGCGAGGAAACCACGCAUGCGUACCGCAGAAACCUGUCAACUUCUCGCCCGCCCGGAGACAGAACGUGGGUGUGGCUCAGGCGGGUCCCUCGAACGGCGUUUCUGUGGCAACGCGGGGACCUGCGUGUCGGGCUUCGCUGUUUCCUAUGGCGAAGGGAGGACGUGACCUUUGCUUGCUCGUUGCCUUGGCGACGCCGGUCUCCUAAUCCGGAAAGAAAACUUACCAAGAUCGGAAAUGGUCUGUAGCCGGAAGUAAGGUGCAGAGGCAGCUGAAGAAUGGAGGGGAUCCCUGUGGCUACCUGCCUUAUCGUGCUGGUUUCUUUGCUGGUCUCCGGGCCGGGUCUGUUGCGAUGGGGCGCGGAGGUGGGGCCCGAAGACUCCGCCUUGUCACUGCGCUCUGAGGCCGUGCGGCAGGGGCAAGUUCAUAGGCUGGUGACAUACAUCUUUGUGUAUGAGGAUGUGAUCUCUUUGGUGUGUGGCGCUGUCAUCAUCUGGUAUUUUGCCGGUGGCUUUGAGAAGAACAUGGGCACCGUGAAGCACUGCUUUUGCACUGUGGCCUUUGCUUUUUCCUCAGCCCUGUUGUACCUCGUGCUUUGGGCCAUCGUGUCUGGACUGUUGGAGAUGGAGGAUGCCAAAGGAUUCAUGCCUGUGGCUUUUGCUAUGUUUGGCGUCUCCAUCACCCGCUCCCGAAUGAAAAGGACGGUGCUCUUUGGAGUUUAUGUCCCUAUGUUGCUUGUGCCAUGGCUGCUGCUUGGUGUGGCAUGCCUGAUUCCACACUCCUCUGUCCUGGGAAAUAUCUGUGGCCUCUUAAUUGGGGAAAUCUAUGGCUACGGCUAUUGUUUUGGCUUGGAUCUCCCUGAAUUAGCCAUCUCUUGGCUAGAUCAGAAGCUUCCUUUCCGACUGCUGAAGAGGAUAAAAGGACUGAAGUACAUUCCAGGGACUCUGGCAGAAAGAAGAGCUUCUCAGAGUAGGAAGCUAAAUGUAGUGCCAGGGUCUUAUCCCACUCAGACCCAUCACAGCUCUCCUACUCCUGCCUUGCCGGUCGUUCAACUGCACCACGGUGCCUCAGGAUCCUGGCCACAGCAUCCGCUGAUUCACCCACACACUCCUGCGCCAAACCCAGCAGCCGGUGCCUUCGGAGAGUUGUACAUCCAGAACCACUUCCAUGCUCCCCCAGGAUCCUCCUUCCCCUUUUCUCAACAUCUGGGGGUGCAUGACAUGCCAAAGAGGACAGCCGGAAUCCACCAGGCGGCUGCAUUUCCCACAACAGGAGCUGCUUCGGGAUCAGCAGAUCUAUGUCGGGUUCACAUGGGCUGACUUUGCAGGAGGCAUCAGGAUUGAUUUAUUUUUUUACUGCUUCCUGCGAGUGUCAGCACAAGGUGCCUUGCCGAGAUUGGUGCCUCCUCCAGAGGAACAGACAGAUUUAAAGGGCUAUAAAGAGUUGGGUCCGACAUACCAACUUGCAUCAUGUGGAGGUGUCCCCUUGACACUUUCAUAUUUGCACUGUGUGAAGAGCCAAGAUGUGAUCUGCUGCAGCUGCUCCACAAGGGUGGUCCUUAAACUUCUUUUGAAGCAUUGCGGAGGGUUUAUAGAGGGACAUCUUUUGAAGGAUCUCAAUGGGGUAGAGUUAUGUUAAUUUUUUUACUCUGUGUCUUCGGUAUAUGUGCCUCUCUUCAGUUGGAACCUGUCCUGACUUCGAAAUAAGAUUGGUUAAAGGCAUAA